CGAAACAGUGGACAGCUCGGGUGGUGCGUCCCGUCACACAAACAAGGAAUAAAAUAUGCACAACAGCGGCAUUCUCCUGAAGCACCAACCCGGCACCAACCCGCAGGAACAUGGUUGAUCCAUACCAAGGCAUUUAGGCCGUGGACGUGCAUCCACUUGCCGCCGCCGAAUACCGGACCUAGCUCCGGCAGAGAUGCGGGGAGCCGCCGCGAAGCUCGGCCCAGGAGGGGGGUGCGAUUCCCCAAUUCCGAGGUGAAAGGCCGCUCAAGUAGUGACUCAGGUGCUGUUUUUAUUCCACGCAAAUCAUCAGUAAAAAUAAAGAGUCUCAUGCCAUUUCCAGAGCUCCUAUUCCGAACAAGCCUCGCAGCAUCCAAACACCACCACCACCACCCCCUCACCACCCGCCUCCUACACAUCACCCCAGCCCCCAACAUGCGCAUCCCCUACGUCUCCGACCCGCCCCCGGCCUCGACGCCCGAGGACGCCGCCGUCGUGGCUCGCGUGGCCGCCCGGCGCGCGCCCCGGCCCCUGCAGCCACUCGACCUCGCGCUCCUGCACAGCCCGCCCGUGGCCGACGGCUGGAACUCGUUCCUGGGCGCCGUGCGCACGCGCUCGUCGCUGCCCGCCGACCUGCGCGAGCUGGCCAUCUGCCGCGUCGCCGUCGUCAACACCGCCUGGUACGAGUGGAUGCACCACGCGCCCCUGGCCCGCGAGGGCGGCGUCCCCGAGGAGGCCAUGCGGCGUCAGGUCCGCGCCGAGGGGCCCGUCCCGGCCGUCGAAAAGUCGCCCGACGGCUUGCUCUCGGAUAGGCAGUGGGCAGUGUUGCGCUACACGGACGAGAUGACCCGCAACGUCCGGGUCUCCGACGACACGUUCACGCUGCUCAAGAGCCUGUUCUCGGACCGUGAGGUUGUCGAGAUCACCGCCACGGUCGCCUGUUACAACUGUGUCAGCAGGUUUCUGGUCGCCCUCGAUGUUGGCGAGAAAAAUAGCCUUGGACCUGAUGAGGUUGAUGGAAGUAGCCACUGAAGGAAUGACAUCAGCGACAGUGAAACAGAGUGCAUCACCUUACCGUACAUGUUGAUAAAAUAUAUAUCAAAAUGUGACCCAUGAUAUUGCAAACCCCAUAAGUUGGUAGUGCACGUGCUAAGACGAUCACUCGAU